GGGAGGUCUAAAACCUCAAAUCAGCCAGAAACUUUUAGAGAAAAAUUCUCUCUCUAUCGCUAGAGAGAGAAGACCUCAAUUCUUGUAGCUCUGACUUUUUGGUAUUUUGUCUGCCAAAGGAGAAUGCAGGGAAGCUUUCCCAUAUUAUCAGUUUACUUUACUAAUUAUAAAAUGCAUCCUUUCUUGGUUGUUUUGUGAGGCAUCACUAUGGCUUCUUCUUCUUCUUCUUCUUCACUCGAUUUAGUAAAAUAUGACGUAUUCCUAAGUUUCAGAGGAGACACCCGUGACAACUUCACCAGCCAUCUCCACAGUGGUUUGGUUCGUCGAGGAAUUCGGACUUUCAUAGACUAUAGAAUCGAUAGAGGAGAAGAGCUUGAGCAAUCACUUGUUGAAGCAAUUAGGGGAUCAAGCAUCUCUGUGAUCAUAUUCUCCGGAAAGUAUGCAGAUUCGCGGUGGUGCUUAAAUGAGCUGGUAGAGUGUAUGAAAUGCAAGGAACAAGGCAAGCAAAAGGUUUUGCCUAUUUUCUACAAAGUUGAUCCAUCUGAUGCAGAACAUCAAACAGGAAGUUAUGAAGAAGCUUUUAAAACAUAUGAAAAUGAUGUGAAGGUGGAUAAAAACAAGAUCCAAGAGUGGAGGACCUAUUUGAAGAAAGCAGCCUAUUUAGUUGGAUGGGAUUCCAGAAACACUGGAACGGACUCCAUACUUAUUGAAGAAAUUGUAAAGGACAUUUUGGAGAAAUUGGGACAUCCAUGCUUAGAUUAUGUAGAGGACCUGGUUGGAAUACAACCACAAGUCGAAAAUGUGGAAUCAUUAUUGCAAAUUGGGACUUCAGAUGUUAGAAUUGUUGGACUGUGGGGAAUGGGUGGAAUCGGAAAGACAACUAUUGCUAGACUUAUAUUUGACAAAAGCUAUUGUCAUUUUGAAGGAUGUUGCUUUCUUGCAAAUGUUAGAGAAAAUUCAUUAAAAAUUGGGCUAACAAAAUUACGAGAUGAAAUUCUUGUUAAUGUAUUGAAUGAAGGAAAUACAAGCAUGGGCACAUCCAACUGGAGACCAACUUUUGUGAGGAGGCAGCUUCGCCAUGUAAGGGCUCUUAUUGUUCUUGAUGAUGUUGACACAUUUGAACAAGUAGAAGCUUUAGCUGGAAAGCAUGCUUGGUAUGGCGCUGGAAGUAGAAUCAUCGUGACAAGCAGAGAUAAACACGUGUUUCAAGAUAGAGUUGAUGAAAUUUAUGAGGUUCAAGCACUAAGUAAGCCGGACAGUCUUGAGCUUUUCAGUUUGUUUGCCUUUAAGAAAAGACUGCCCGAGGGAGAUAUGAUGGGACUAUCAAAGAAAGUAGUAAGUUAUGUAAAAGGCAUCCCUUUAGGUCUUAAAGUUCUUGGUGUAUUUUUGUAUAGAAAGAGCAAACUAGAAUGGCAAAGUGCAUUGAGUAAACUUCAGAAAAUUCCUAACGUGAAAAUACAAGACGUGUUGAAAAUAAGUUACCAAGGGCUUGAUUUUUUUGAGCAGCAAACAUUUCUUCAUAUCGCAUGUUUUUUUAAAGGGGUGUCCAGAUCUUACGUGGAAGAACUACUGGACGCUUGUGGCUUUCAUACUCCAAUUAACUUAAGAGUCCUUUCUGAUAAGUGUCUUAUUGACAUUUCAAAUGACGUAAUAGAGAUGCAUGAUUUGCUACAAGAAAUGGGUAGACAAAUUGUUCGUGAAGAAUCCUUAAAAGAACCAGGCAAGCGAAGUAGAUUAUGGGAUCACAAGGAUAUCUAUCAUGUGCUGACUAAAAAUACUGGAAGUGAAGCGAUUGAAGGCAUACAGUUAGACAAGUCGAAAAUAAGUGGAUUGUGCUUACCUCCUACAGCUUUUGCCAAGAUGAAGCAGAUCAAACUGCUCAUCUUUUAUGGUUCCAAACAUGGUAUACAAUUCCCUGAAGGCUUGGAAUCCCUCCCUGAUGAGCUAAGGCAUUUCCAGUGGAAUUUCUAUCCUUUGAAAUCUUUGCCAUCAAAUUUUCGUCCUGACAAUCUUGUUCUACUAAACAUGUCUGAAAGCCAAAUUGAACGACUUUGGACUGGAAUACAGGAUCUUUUAAAUUUGAUAGCCAUCAUUCUGUGUGGUUGUAAAAAUUUGAUUGAAUUGCCAGACUUGUCAAGGGCCUCAAAUCUUAGGACGAUUAAUUGCCAAGGCUGUGUAAGUUUGACGGAGGUGUCUGCAUCUAUUUUAAAUCUUGACAAGCUUGUUGAUAUGAAUUUCCGACAUUGUAGAAAGAUUACAAGUGUUCCUUGUCCAAGAUCUAUCAAGUUUCUUGACCUUCUUGGCUGCUCGAAACUCGAAAAGUUUCCCGAAGUUGGCGACAUAGAAUAUUUAGAUUUGAGUGGAAGUAUCUUUGAAAGAGAAUCUUCAGCAACUUCAUUACACCAUGGAAAUCUCCCAAGUGACGUUUCUCAAGUUAACUUUGCUUAUAAAUGGAAAAUGACGGAAACAUGCGUUUAUAUUACAGAAAUCACGUGCACUUGGGAUGAAAACAGUUUCAAUAGAGCAUCUAUAUGGCCUGACGAACUUGGUUUAACCAAACAGACGAGACUUCCACAAUCGCAAGGACAUUUAAAAGUAUAUAACCAAGGGGACCGGGACUUUCCAAACGUUCAUGGGACAGGUGUGUAUCAUCAUAAUACCUUUGCAUUCUAUAAUCACUCAAAAUUGGACCACGAAAAGAUUGCAGGCUUUUUGCGUCUAAUGUAUCAGAGAAUACAAUUGAUGGGAGUCGCUUUACUCUUUCCCAAGGAGCUGAGUACUUUUCAAUUAGGAAGUUUUGGUUGCUACCACCAAAGUGAAGGAUCAUCAAUUGCUAUUCAGCUGCCUCAAAAUUGGCUUAGAGAUGAUUUUGUGGGUUUCACUUUACUUGCUAUUCUUGCACUUCAGGACAAUAACGAGCGUGACGAUUAUUUUUACGUUAGGUGGGAAUGCCAAUUCAAUAGUGCUUGUGGUGAAACCAAACGAGUGUCAAUGCCGCUUCGACAUUCACCGUUCGAGUAUGGAAAUGCCUACUUGAUGUAUCUCUCUGAACCUCAAGUGACAAGUGAUGAUUGGUUGUAUGAAUCCGAAUGGAAUAAGGCCACAUUUGAAGCAUACCUUGAAACUUCAUGUGCCAAGCCUUGCUACAAGCUAAAAAGUAUAUUGAUCCGACUAAUGUAUAUUGGUGAUGAGGUAGAAAAUCCUACAAUGACCCAACCUAGUUAUUCUUAUGAUCCUACCAAAAUGUCCUUGAGGUUUUCUUUCUGCAAAGCAGAAGAAAGUAGUAUUGGAAAAGAUCCUGAUGACUAUCACAAUGAUGAGAAAGACGAUGGAAAGUGCAGCCUUGAUGCAGAAGGGGCGGAACCACAAGUUGUUGCUCAAAGCUGUGCCCUUGAGAGCCUUACUCCAUCCCAUGAAUGUGAGGCUUCUUCUUCAAGUGCGCAGGGCCCUUUCUGCAUUUUAGAGAAUGCUACUUUGGAGCAAUUCAACAAUCCUCUAGAGUCAUUAGACUUGUCCUUUUUGGAUCGUACAUCUGCUGUGCCAUCCUUUGCUUCAUUAGAUGAGCCUCCUAGCCUAGAGGAAGUCGAGGCUGCAAAGACCAAACUGAUGGAGAUUCUAACAAUAAAACUUCCUUACCUGAGUGUAGAACAAAGAGAUGUAGCAUUAGGCGCCAUCAAAAUCCUGCUUAGAAGUACCUCUCUUACUUUGGAGGUGCGAGAUAGGUUGGACAAGCUACAGAUAGAGAUUCCCCAGUUGAUCACUUCCUACUCUGCCUAUCAGCUUGAGCUAACCUCUUUGACAAAUCACUUGGACAACUUUGUUUCCAAGACUACUAGAGCUAGAGAGUUGACAGUGAAGAUCAACGCAGCCAGAAAGAGAGACCAAGAGCUGAGGACUAGAGUUCUCGAGCUUCAAAACCAGAUUAACAAGCUUUAUGAGGAGAUUGGUACUUUAAAGCAGGAGGCUUAUUCUAAUAAGAAUUUGGCAGAUACCAUUGCUCAAGAGUGGCAUGCGAAUUCAAGGGACUUUCAGACUUUAGCAACAUCAAUAGAAGCUGAACGCACAAUGGCACAACAAUGGUCUCAUCAGCGCCAACAAGCAAGUCAACUACUCCAAGCUUUUUCCAACCAAUGGGAUGCAUUGCGCUCCCUUCAAUUGUAGUACAUUUCUUUCACCCUUAAGCUACUAGGAUUUUGAUUAUUAUAUAUUUGUGUGUUUAGUCAUUAGUUUGUAAUGAUUAACGGUAGAUGGAUACUUUUAAAGUUUGGAUGUGUUUGUAUUGUCAA